AAAGGCCGGACUUUGACCGGGCGUACUAUUUCCCAAGAAAACAAUAAUGUUGGAUUUUGUUAGUCUUGAGGUCUAUAAAUAAAUUUAUUAGAUUUAGAAUACAGGAUCAAAAUGAAAGCUUUUUGUUAUUCAUUAAGAACCAUUUAAGGUAACGCCCGAUCCAUUAACCCAAGCCGAUCCCUUUUAAGACAUUUUUGAUUUUGUGAAGCGUGAAUGAGGUUGAGCGACAGCAACUACUGUCCGGCGACGGCGACGGCGACGGCGACGGCGACAGAUUCUUAUUAUCUCAGAAAUGGUGAUUCCUCCACCAGUUAGGCCAGACAGACUGCUAAAGUAUCUCAAACCUUACGUGUUGAGGAUGCACUUCACAAACAAGUAUGUAAAUGGUCAAGUAGUUCACACACCAACGGCAACAGUGGCUGCUUCUGCAAGUACACAAGAGAAAGUCUUAAGGCUUGCCAUGGUAGAAUCAAAAGAAAAUAAUAGAGAUGUUGCUGCAGCAAAAAUAGGCAAGUUGUUGGGAGAGCGGUUGCAGGCUAAAGGAGUUCCUGCCAUAUCUGUUUUCUUUAAGAAAGAACAAAGAUCCCAUGGAAAGGUCAAAGCAGUUAUUGAUUCAGUGAGAGAAGCAGGCAUAGAAUUGGUUUGAUUGCAUUUCCUUUCCUCCCCUAGGCAAAGGACUUAUAUGUUCUAUUAACUCUACUUGGGACAAUUUGCUUGCCUCAGUUGUUGCAAUUUGUAAUGUAUAAGAUGUCAUUUCUGACAUUCCCUGUGUUUUGAAGCUUAUAUUCUAAGAACAAGGUUCAUAGUCUCGUCGCCCCCAUA